GUUACAUUCUCCUAAUUCUAGCUUCUCUGGGUAUUUCGAAAGAAUUUUGCUAAAGUGUUUAAACAAUGGUCUUCCCCUUUAAUUUUAUAUACUUUGAUUCCAAACCUACAGAAACCGAGAUUAAGCCUGUUUUAUCUCCAGCUGAUCAAUCCUAUCACUCUGCACAAGCGGAUUUGGCACCAACCUUGUCCAAUGAUGAGGAUCUCUUGAUUUUCCCAUGUAAUGAGCUUAUAGACGCCACCGGUAAUUUUAGCCCUUCUUCAAAGAUCGGCGAAGGGGAGCUUGGAUCACUCUAUGAGACUGAUAUUUCCAUAGAGUAUCCUGAUACGAUACUCCAAGUCAUGGUCAAACGUCUAAACCAAAAGGGGCACAAAGAGUGGGUUAAGGCAAAGGAUAUUCAUGGUGUGGUUGAGCAUCCAAACCUUGUCACACUAGUGGGUUAUAGUGAUGAAGUCAAUGAAAGCGAACGCCUUUGCCUUCUAGUCUAUGAGCGUAUGGCUAACAAAAGUGUCGAAUACCAUUUAUCUACAAGGUCACAAACGCCUCUCCCAUGGACCAUUAGACUCAAGGUGGCUCAAGACACUGCUUGUGGCUUAGCACAUCUACAUGAAAAAAUGAUUCCUUUCGGCGUUUUUAAGUCUUCCAACAUAUUUUUGAACAACCAGUGGAAGGCUAAGCUAUCAUAUUUUGGUUUGGUUUAUAAUGAAGAGCCUACUAAUAUUUCCACCAUGAUGGCUGGAAACAUGGGUUAUGUUGCACCAGAGUGCUUCCAAACAGGGUGUCACUCACCCGAUUGUGACACAUGGGGUUAUGGGGUAUUCUUGUAUGAACUCAUCACGGGUAGGCGCCCAGUGGAGAUGAACCGUCCCCAGAAUGAGCAGAAGCUCUUAGAAUGGGUGAAACCGCAUGUAGACUCAAAUAGAUUGGAGCCAAUCAUUGAUCCAAGACUUGAAGACAAUUACUCGUUGGAUUCAGUACAUAAGUUGUGCAUUAUAGCCAACAGGUGCUUGGCCUGCAACCGCAAACUGAGGCCAAAGAUGAGCGAGGUCCUAGAAAUGAUUAACAAACUUAUUGGGGUUCCAUCAAAAACAAGUUGUCCUACACCGCCUCUCAAAAGUCUGGUCCCAGUGGUAUACUAUCACACUCAAGAAAGUUUUCAAGUGCAGUGCAUACACUCGUAAGGACAGUCAACAUAAUGGCACUAGGGUCCAUUCAUAUCCGAUUUAGAGAGGGCGUAUGCCCUCUUUGAAUAAUGAAAACGCCCUUACUGUUUCAUGUAUGAUGAAGUGUUGUUUUUGUGUUAUAGGGAGCACAUAUUUUAUACAUUGUUUAUCUGCAUAUCACAAAGUAUUUGAGAAUCGAGGGACAAAUAGAUGGUCAAGAUAUUAAUAUCGUGUGAUUUGUAUACAUACUAGUCUUAAUAACAUAUGAUAUACGAGUAUAUAUGUAUAUAUAAU